UAAAUAUGAUAUUUCUAUUGUGAGUCCGCAGUCGUCCGCGUGUUCAGUGCAGGCCCAAGCAUUUAAAAACCAAUUUAAUGGGAAAUUCAUUGCUGGCAAUAUUGUUGGUGAGCGCAUUAUGCGUGGUGCAGCCAACACGCGCGGAGCGACUGUGCCUGACCGGGAGCUUCGACCAUCAGGUGAAGACGCUGCUUGACUACGUCAAACUAUCAGAUGAGCAGCUUAGCAACAUUUUGCAGGUACCCAGGGACUUGAGCGCGUGUUUGAAGACCACUGGCCCGGCUGUAAAGUAAUGCCAUAUGGGUCGACCAUAACUGGACUCGCUCUACAGUCGAGCGAUAUCGACUGUUACGUGGACAUACCAGGCGAGCACAACGAGAAUCCACAGGUUCUAGUAGCCGAGGCGCUGGAGAUUUUAAAGAACCACCCAGAUCUAUUCACGCAUUUCGAAAUAAGGCCGACGGCUCGCGUUCCGCUGCUAAAAUGCGUACACAUUCCCACCAAUGUUUUUGUCGACAUUACUUUUUCUGGUCCUUUCUCCAUCAACAGCAGCCGUGUAUUGUCUCACCUUCUGCAUUUAGACGAAAGAGGCUUAGAGUUAGCUAGGAUCCUCAAGUAUUGGGGCUCGGUGCACGACAUAGCUAACGGAAAACUAACGCUGCCGAGCUAUGCGAUGGCGCUGUUGGCUGUGUUUUAUCUACAACAAAAGAAUAUCGUACCGCCCGUUACCUUGCUACAACAGAAUGCGACUCCCUACGAAAUUGACCACUGGAACACUGCUUUCCUGCCCCUAGAAUAUCACACGGAUAACAAGGAGUCCCUCUACGAGCUGUUGGGAGGAUUCUUUCAAUAUUACAACGACUUCGAUUUUGAAAAUACCAUCAUAUCACCGUACCUUGGUUAUCCCAUAAAAAAAAAAGAUUUUCAAGACUUAGAUAAAUUUGACGACUUUGAUUUAUACAAACGUAAUUUAGAAAAUGGCUACGCGGCGCCGUUUUAUUUCGGAUAUAUGAAUAUACAGGACACUCUGAAACACAGUGAGAAUAUUGCGAGACCUAACAGCGACCGCUGGCUCGCCCUCAGGCUGAUACGGCAUUUGAGAGCUGCGGCGAGUAUGUACCAAGAACUCAGCAGUGAAGAAUUCCUCAGUGCUGUGUUAGUGCCCGAGAAAAGGCUCGAAGCCGGCAAAUUGACCACGUUUUGGGAGGGAGGUAUUGGUGGUCCGGAAGACUGCCCGAAGAUAUUUCAGGAGAAAAUAAGAUGACACCAAAUUAUCAUGACAAAAAGAUCCAGUUACAUUUAAGAGAGUAAAGUAUUAUUAAGAAUUCUUGUUGACUCUGUGUUCGAUGUUCGUUUUUUAUUAUACUGUAUGAAUAGUUUCUGAUUUUAGGGCUUGUUUCACAAUUUCUAAAUAAAUGCUCCUCCUCCUGUCACGACUCACUACUGACGUACUGUUUAUUCAGAUGCUACACACGCGCAACAUGUGAAUUGGUUGUAUGUGGCAACUUUAGAUUAUAAUCUAUAGCCCAAUAUAAUUUACUUGAAACUUAUGAAAGCAGGCCCUAAUUUCUUUCGGUUUAUAGAAUACUGCCUAUAUUGUUUCAAAUUAAAUGUUAUGCUAGGGCGAAUAAUCUGAUCUGAAUGCUAGAAUUUAAAAUUAUGCAUUUAUAUUUAAUUUGGUUGACUUGUAAUGUAUAUCGUCCCAGUGAAAAUAAUAAAAUAACGGACCCAAGACUGGUAUUUCUAAGUGUCAGUAUUGUAUUUUUGAAAAUGUAUAGUUUUAGUUACUACUGAAUUGUCGACAUUGUAAACAUAUUAAAAUUUCUAUUAUACAAAAUUAUAAAAUGAAUACAUAGUAACUAUAUUAUGUUUUAAUUUCUUAAAUUUUUCACAGUUAAUUUCUUCAAUUCAAAGGGAACAUUGAAUUUACACAAAAUUAUGUUAAUUAUUGUUGUGGCAUUUUGGAGUAGGUAAGUUAAUGUUUAAAGUGGUCUAUUUAGGUUUUCGUCCGGCAUCAUGUGGGAUAGCAAUGUGAUAGUUUUCUGUAGACCCGAUGAAUGGGUUUUAUGAUUGGUUAAAGCACUUUAUAUUCACAGCUGUAUUUAGUAUGUGUCAGUCAGUAGACAAUCGUUUUAUUAUAAUAAAAUAACCACACCUCCAUAACUUAUACGCGGUGAUAUCCUAGUUGGAAAUGGAACAGUUUGCCGAGCCUCUCAGUAUAGAGGUGACCCGUGCCCAGCAGUGGGUAAUAUAUUAUAAAGAGCUGGUAUUAUUAUUAUUGUUAAUAUGACCAUACCAUUUAACUUAUCUUUAUAUCUGGAACAUGUCCACUGAGUUUCAUUGUCUGAAUCUAUUCAGAACUAAGUAAAUCGCGCCUGCUGUGUUGGAACCAGUAGUUAAUAAAGAAAACACAUUGAUUAAUGUUUCCCCGGUCUUCUCAGGUUGGCUAAAACACGUAACGCCACGGUCCUUAUGGAAUCAAUAAAAAUUAAACACUGAAACAUUCCAUUCUGUACGCUUUAUAAUCUUCUUCUUUUAGGCCGCGAACAACACGUAGUUCUUUAUAUAGUACUAGCUUUUGCUCGCGGCUCCGCCCGCGUUAUAAAGUUUUUC